UGACGUCAUCCCGUGUAACUUCCUGUAAUCUCGGGUCCGUUCCUCAAAUCGUCCGCUGUUGUGGUUCAGAAGGCCAAGUACCGCCGUGUCGGUCAUUUCAAAAACCUUAAAGAUUUAGGACGUGAUGGCUGCAACACUGCGUGUACUUUACUCUGCAUCAAGGCCAGGUUUUUUUGUGGCCAGCCAGAAUCUAGCAAGGUCCUUCAGUGUGUCGGCACAAAGGGACGGAUUCAAGUAUGUGAAUGCUCAGGAGAUCCCUGUCGACAUGAAGUCCAUCACAGAUAGAGCAGCACAAACACUGCUAUGGACAGAGCUCUUCAGAGGUCUAGGCAUGACAAUGAGCUACCUGUUCAGAGAGCCUGCCACCAUUAACUACCCGUUUGAAAAAGGACCACUGUCGCCACGCUUCAGAGGAGAACAUGCGUUGCGCAGGUAUCCCUCAGGAGAAGAGCGUUGCAUUGCUUGCAAGCUGUGUGAAGCAAUCUGUCCUGCCCAG